ACCCUGUAAUCAUAUGUUUUUAGUCUAUUAUUGCAAUUUCUACUAAAAAAGCUAUUUAUUUGUGUGAUUUUUGAGAAACAUCCAAUUUAAAAUGCAAAUAAUUAUUAAAGUAUUAAAAGGACAGGAUUGUACCCUAGAUGUUACACCCACAACAACAAUUUCCCAAAUUAAACAACAAAUUGAGCAGAUAUUAAAAAUACCACAGGCAUCCCAGAAACUUUUACUCUUAGGACGCACUUUAAACGACGAACAGACAUUAUCUGCGUAUUCCAACAUUAAAGAUGGCACAAAACUCAAUUUGAUUGUAAUGAAACAAGAAGGACUACGGGACAUAAUUUAUCGUUCCUUUCGCAAAUACUACAAUGAGAACCAAUCGGAGCUUUUCACCAGAAGGUUUAUGGUAGAUUUUGAGGAGAAACUAAAAAAUCUUAGUCUUGAUGAUAUCGAACGUUUAGCAGAAAACGUACUUUGAAUUUUGUAUAUUAGAAUUUAAUGUUUUAUUUAUAGUUUACGUUUCCAAAAAAAUUUUGUUUCUAUUUAAAUAAAAAGAAAAUUUAAAAGCAUUUUCAUUACUUAAUUUACUAUUACAUAUAAUAAAACUAAAUUUUCAUACAAA